GUCUUAUUGCCGAAUGCAUUCCUUGCUGCAAAAAUUAUUAUUAGAGUUGGUAGCAUUUGAAACUCUGAAUAAAAACAUUAACUCAAAAUAUUAAACUAAAAACCUAAAAACCGGCUGAUUAAGAUAAGAAUCUACAACUCAAAUGUAAACGUACAUAGUGAAACUUUGAAAUAAGUGAAAAUAGUAUAUUUAACAUCUAAGUAUAACCUAAGUUUUCCUGUCUUUAUCAUUAGGUUGCAUUUAUUUUCAACUAUAAAUACUAACUCUACAAGCAAUGCUUUUUGGAAAGAUUUCGAGAGGAUUGUUACUGAGACGUCAAUUCAAUUGUUGGACUGCAAAUGUUACAAAAAAACAUCGUAAAAAUUAUGAAAGAACAUAUCCAACUGUACUUGUGCAUCCAAAUGGUAGUACCAUAAACAUCCAGUAUUUUGAACCAAGAAAAAUAAUCAAGUUACCAUUGGAUCUAUCAGUUUUAUCAGAGCAAGAACGUAAAUUAAUAUUAGAAAGAAGAAAACCUAAAAGCAAAGUUAAAAUUGAAGAGGAAGUUGAAGAUGAUUUUGAUCAAAAUAAAUAUUUGAGAUUCGCCAGAAGAUGAAAAUUUAUUGUAAUUUUCAAAAACUUGAUUAGUUUAUACUUAUACAUCCAAGUUUGUUAAUUACUACUAUAUUGCUGGUGAUAUUGUUUUGUGACAUUUUUUUUUAUGUUGAAAACCGGAAACUUUAUUCUAUUGUCAUGACACUCAUUGUUGGUGAAAUAAGAUUAUAAUUGAUAAUAAAAUUCUUUUUAUUUUCAUA